CGGCUCCUUAGACCUGGACCCCGCGAUGCGCCCUCCCACGCCGGCCGCACUUAGCAGCGGAAAGCCUGCCCUCUUGAAGAAGCUGCGCUAGGACCCCCAAGCAUCAGGUCAAAAGUCUGACUCCUUCUUUGACUGCCGCCAGUUAGAAAACAAUUGCCAAUAAACGUGGGCGAGCCGCCUGUGACCUCAGCCGGGACAGGCCCCGGGCAGGAGCGCGGGCGGGAGGCGGGGUGGGGCCCUGUCUACCGUCCCGCGCCCGGCCGCUGCGUCUGACGUCCGCAGCGUCCGCGGCCGCGGAGGAGCGCGGGGAGCGAGGUGGGCCGCCGGCGGGUGUGAAGAAAAAAAAUGACACUCCAAUGGGCGGCAGUGGCAACCUUUCUUUAUGCCGAAAUAGGACUCAUUUUAAUCUUCUGCCUACCUUUUAUUCCUCCUCAGAGAUGGCAGAAGAUUUUUUCAUUUAAUGUCUGGGGUAAAAUUGCAACUUUUUGGAACAAGGCUUUCCUUACCAUUAUCAUCCUAUUGAUUGUUCUAUUUCUAGAUGCUGUGCGAGAAGUAAGGAAAUAUUCCUCAGUUCAUACCAUUGAGAAGAGUUCUACCAGCAGACCUGAUGCAUAUGAACACACACAGAUGAAACUUUUUAGGUCUCAAAGAAAUCUUUACAUUUCUGGAUUUUCUCUAUUUUUUUGGCUAGUGUUGAGACGUCUGGUUACGCUUAUUACUCAACUGGCAAAAGAACUGUCAAACAAAGGUGUACUUAAAACUCAAGCAGAAAAUACUAACAAGGCUGCCAAAAAAUUUUUGGAAGAAAAUGAAAAACUAAAACGGAUUUUGAAAAGCCAUGGUAAUAAUGAAGAACGUGUUUUGGAAGCAGAAAAUAAAAAACUAGUAGAAGACCAGGAGAAACUGAAAACUGAAUUAAGGAAGACUUCAGAUGCCCUUUCUAAGGCACAAAAUGAUGUGACGGCAAUGAAGAUGCAAUCAGAGAGACUUUCAAAAGAAUAUGAUCAACUCCUGAAAGAACACUCUGAACUUCAGGAUCGUUUAGGAAGAGGCAACAAGAAAAGACUCUGAACUUUAUGAAAGAUGUUUGCGAUAUACCAUGUCAAAAUGAUAAAUUUGUUAUGUUAGCCUCUAGAAAGUUUAAAAUUAAGUUCAGAAAAAUGCACUAAGACCUAUCAGUAAUUUUUUUCAUGCCACACAUAGGUUGUAUUGUAAAGGCAUUAUCAAAAUAUUUGAUGAUGUUUCAGAUGUAUUGUAAAAUCUGUAUUCCACCUCUUAAGAAAUAUAUAAGCAUGUUAAAUACCAUAUUUACAUACUGUUAAUGACACUGGUAUAUGGUGGCUGUUACCAAUAAAAGGAGAAAAUUCUUUAGCUGGUUACUUUCAAAAUUAGAAGUUUUAAGUUGCAUGAAACCAUUAAUAGCCUUGAAAGCUUUGAUGAGUUUUCAGUAAUAAUAAUCUAUGUAAUCCAAUGACAAUGUGUUUGAAAAUAGUGUUCAGUAUCAGCAAAUUUGUACACAGGGAAUGUAAAUAAGGGUAACUAUCAGAGUUAUCCACCGUAUUUAUAAGGAAGAGCUCAAAAAAACAAUGACCUUAGUUUUUUUUAACCCUAAUGAUGCUAUGGUUUACUCUAAUAAGAUAUUGUUAAUUAUAUUUUUGUUACUGUGCCCCUGCACAUGUUGGACUGUUUUUUGUUGACAUUUGUAUUAAUGACACGUGAUUAGUAACCACUCUACUGUUUCAAGUUAAUCUAGUCAUAGAGUUUACAUAUAUUUGCAUAACUGCCAUACCACUGCACUGAAUUUAUUUUACAACAAUGUAGCAUUCUUUAGAAGUUAACAUAGCACAUAUCCAAAAAGCAGUAUUUUCUUUCCAUUGGUUGUGAGAGUACCUAAUUAUAUAAAUAUUACCUCAAAAUACAUACACUGGUAUCACACAGUUUUUCUAAGAUGUUUCUAUGUUCUGAAAGCUAAUAUUAAAUACUAUCUUUCCAUUCAAAUAUUCAUUUAGAAUUUCCUUUAGAAGAUGGCAGUGAUUGUAAUAUUAAUAUGAUUUAAGUUGUUCCUGUGUUUAGACAUGAAAUCAUCUUCCUUGUCUCAUAAAAACCUAAAUAUUAAAAAAAGAAAGAAAUUACUGGAGUUUUUAUUUCUCUUGUCUUUGUUUCAUCCUCUGUUUAUUAUAAUUUUAGCACCAACUUCACAUCUAGCUAAUUUUUUUCAUCGUAAAGUGGAUGAAGUGAGCAAGUACAUAAAAAUUUUAUUUCAGAUAAAAGUCAGGAGUUACUGCUGAAAAACAGACAUGUAGGAGACAUUCAACAGGAGUAAGAAAUGGGAGUUAGACCAUAUGGGCUGACAACACCAUAAAUAACAAGAAAAGGGAGUGCUGAAAUAGGAGAGAACUGAACAAAUGUUAGCUCAAAGUAUAGACUUAGAAAUAUCGAAGUAAGAGCUAUCUGGGUAAAUAUAUAGAUAUUGAGUGUUUGGAAUCCUAGCCUACUGUGUGAAAAUUAAGUCCAGUGUCAGAAUAACCUACAGAAAAAUAGAAAAUGCACAGCUUUAAAAUGGGCAGAGUAAAAUCUAAUCCGAACUUUACCGCUUAUUUAGCUGUGCUAGCCUAGGCCUCUAUUUCCUCGUCUCAAAAAUGGGAAUAAUAAAAUUUAAAUCAGCAUUACUAUAUAAACUAAGAUAAUACAGUGAUUCUCCAAGUUGUUGAGACUAUAUAGUAAGGAGAAAGUCUGGUGUCCUUUGAAGAGCAUGAAAAUUUGAAAGAUUCCCAAGAAAGCAUUUUAAAGUUUACAUUUAGAGGACCUCGGACCUCAACCCUCUCAAGUUUACAAGACUGAAUCUUUAGACCUCAAAAGUUAGAGCAGUUUUUCCAAGGUAACAUGGUUAGUUAGUUUCAGGGCCAGGGUGUAAGUCUAUAAUUUAGAUAUCCUGGUCCCCUACAUAUUGUUCUUAUGUUUAUGCACAGACCAGGUAUAAUUUGCUAAAGAGAAAAUAUUGCAAUAUAUUAGCCACUUGUGGCUCCAGAGUCUGUGCGCUCUACUACCAUACCCAACUGUUUCACAUGCUAUGUUUGUUAGUUCUUCCUAGUACUCUCCUUAAUGAUGGUGUUUAGCCAAUUGUAUUACAGAAGUAAAUAUUUAUUUCAUGGAUUUA